AUGCCAGGCCCUCUGGCAAUGGCAAUGGAGGAGAUAAGAAGAGACAAGGACCUGACAAGAAACAGACAAACCAGAAGAAACUGCCUAAGCGGUGCUUUUGGUGUGGCCGGGUUGGGCACAUCAGAGUUCACUGCAACAGGUUCCAGUGCCAUGAGUGUCAAAGGUAUGCCCCUGGGCAUCUGCCUGGUCGCUGCCCUUGGGUGGGAAGGAGGGAGGAGGACAUGGAGUACUAUGUUGAUUGGUGUGAUGUUGGAAUUGUUGACCAGGAGGAUGAGGCUGCUUUGGGCAUGCUGGCCCAGCACCCCCACCCCCCUCUCCCCCUUUGCACCACCACCAGUAAAGAGCGAGGCAUUUGAUCCAUACACAGAUGACCCAUUGCUCUUUGAGUUCAAGGCUCCAAAACGCAAGUCUGAGAUCGAUCCUUACAGGGAUGAGGAGCAUCAUCUUGGCCCUAAAAAGGUGAAGGUGGAUCACCAUUGGCGUGAUGAGAAGCCUCUCCCCAGGAGCAAAUUUCCCAGCAGGAAGGAGAAGACAGACAUUGAGCUAGAAGAGCAGAGAUCAAAAGAGCACCCACCCAUUGAAUGUGGUUUCAUGCUCUCAGCUGUCCCUCUCCACAUUCAUCACAAGAGGAGGUGCUUCAGGUUGCCUGGGGUCUGGGCACUGCCAUCAGAGUCUCCUCCAAAUCAGUCCUUCACUCAAAAGUCCAAGCCAACUAGAGUGAAGCCAUUGUGUGACAGCAUACAGACAGUCUGCAGUGAUGAGGAGUUCAUUCCAGGCCUGGAUUUCUUGUAG